AUGAUAAUGAUUCACUAUCUCAGAGGAUAUGCAUUUUCGGUUAGGUAGGUUCAUUCUUAAAUUGCAAUUAUCGGAGGAGGAACAGCUGGGUUAAAUGUGGCAGCCCAAUUAAUAGCAGAUGGACAUGCAAUUCCAUAAUAAAUUAGAAUCUUCGAACCUAUGAAAAUGCACACUUAUUAACCAGGAUGGACAAUGGUUGGUGGUGGUUUGUAUGACAUCAACAAAACUCUCAAACCGAUGGAAAAGGUUUUACCAAAAAAUGUGAUUGUUUCAGAUAGUCCUGUUAUUAAGAUAAAUCCUGAAUAAAAUUAAAUAGAGACAUUUGAUGGAGAGAAAUAUACAUAUGAUUAGUUGGUAGUGGCCACAGGUAUACGAACAGAUUUUGAUUAGAUUAAAGGAGCAAGAAAGUAAUUAGAAGACCCUAAUUCUCCAGUGGCUUCAAUCUAUCAUUAUAAAUAUGCUUCAAAAAUGAAUAGGUUAGUUGAUGAAUUUGAGGGUGGCAAACUUGUCUUUUCUGAACCUUAAAUGCCAAUUAAAUGUGGAGGGGCUCCAUAGAAGAUAGUGUAUUUGUCUCAUGACAGACUCAGGAAAAGAGGAAUUAAGUCUGACAUUCAUUUCUAUAAAACCGCUGCUCUAAUUUUUGGUGUACCUAAGUAUGCUGAAAUAUUGACAGAUGUGUGCUAGAGAAAAUAAAUUAAUUGUCAUUUCAAAUAAAGAUUGGUUGAAGUCCAAGAUCACGUAGCUAUUUUUGAAGACUAAGACACCAAGGAGUUGAAGUCGGUGACAUUCGACCUCUUGCACUUAGUACCACCUUAAGUGCCAGCACAAUUUAUAGCUGCUAGUGGAUUAGGCGAUGCUGCUGGAUUUUGUAAUGUGCAUCCAAAUACCUUAUAGCAUAUGAAAUAUAAAAAUAUUUGGUCAUUGGGAGACUGCUCAUCCUUGCCUACUUCCAAGACUGCUGCAGCUGUUAUGGCCUAGACACCUAUUUUAGUGAAGAAUUUGAUCAGAACAUGGAAGUAGGGAUUAGAGCCCAUUCCUGAAUAUCAAGGCUACACCUCAUGCCCAAUAUUUACUAGUCAAAGUACUUUACUUUUGGCUGAAUUCAAAUACAAUUCUGAGUUGGAUGAGACAUUCCCAAUAUUUUAAUCGAAUGAAAGUCGAUUGAUGUUUUAUUUAAAAAAGGAUUUCUUCCCUUUUGCUUAUUGGUAUUUCAUGGUUAAAGGAUUGUGGGGUGGAAGAGACGGAUUUAGAUUUUUUAAAGGAGCUUGAAUGUGAUAUUUAAUCUAAUUAUUAAAUUUACAUAAUUUUAGAAA